UUGUCGACGCACACCGUGUUGAUAAAGUUUAGUGAAAUCCAAGAUGGCUGCGCACACUGCGAAGUCGUGAUCCAGGAAAACAGGUCGUUCUCCACGUAUUUCCCUCCUCGGCAUGACAAUUAUAACAUGGAUUAUUGUAUUUAUGUCAUAACGAACACAACGCUGAAAUAAAGGAGCAGAAUAUCAAACAGUUCCAGAACCAUGCAGGUGUCAGUGAGAAGGUUGCCUCUGUAUCCACUGGGUGUUGUCCGGUCUGCUCUCCUGAGCCCAUCACCUCGCCUCCUGUUCCCCGGCACCCGCACCCUGUUCAGUGAGACAGGAGUGUGGGAGAAAGAGUACCGGCCAGAGACCAGACGCAGAGUGGAAGAAUGGUGGCACCCACGAAUUAUGGCGCAGUGGCGGAAGGAUGCGCUGGAGGAAGAUUCCAAAAGGAAGAAGUUCUACGUCCUCUCGAUGUUUCCGUACCCAUCUGGGCGCUUGCACAUGGGCCACGUGCGAGUGUAUACCAUCAGCGACACCAUCGGACACUUCCAGAGGAUGAGAGGACAUCGGGUACUGAACCCGAUGGGUUGGGAUGCCUUUGGACUCCCGGCGGAAAACGCAGCCAUUGAGAGAGGCCUGGACCCAGAGGAGUGGACUAAAUGUAAUAUCAAGUCCAUGCGUGAGCAGCUGGACAGCCUCGGACUCUGCUUCAACUGGGACCGGGAAGUCACCACCUGUCUUCCAGACUACUACAGGUGGACGCAGUAUCUGUUUGUGAAGGUCUUUGAAGCAGGACUGGCGUAUCAGAAAGAGGCUUUGGUGAACUGGGACCCCGUUGAUCAGACAGUGCUGGCUGAUGAGCAGGUGGAUGAAAAUGGUCGCUCCUGGAGGUCUGGCGCCCUGGUGGAGCAGAAGCUGCUCACACAAUGGUUCAUCAAGACUACAAACUAUGCCAAGCCGCUCCUGGACGCCUUGGCAGACCUUCCAGAGUGGUACGGGGUCAAAGGCAUGCAGGCAAACUGGAUUGGAGACUGCACCGGCUGCUACUUCGAUUUCAAACUUAAGGUGAACGGGGAGGAGACGGGGGAGACCCUGUCGGCCUACAGCUCAUCCCCAGAGACGGUGUUCGGAGCGGCCUACCUGGCCAUCCUGCCCUCCCACAGACUGCUGCAUGGGAGCAGCUCAGUCCGCUCUGCCCUGGAGAAAGGAUUUGAGCCCGGCAGAGACUCCCUGACGGAGAUCACAGCGUACAACCUGUUCACAGACCAAGAGGUUCCUGUGGUCAUCUCGCACAAGGAGGCGUUUGAUGGCUAUCUGGAUACCAUGAUUGGUAUCCCAGACUCCAGUGAGGAGGAUCUGUCCGUGGCCAGAGCUCUAAACCUGAGGUGGACCACGGUGCUGAAAAGUGAUGAAGAUGGCACACAAACUCUGGUCAACUCUGAUGAGUUCUCGGGCCUCACCAGGCAGCAGGCAUUUGACUCCAUAACCCAGAAGGCCAGAGAGCAGAGGGUUGGAGGCCACCUCACCAGCUCAAAGCUCAGAGACUGGUUGAUAUCAAGACAGAGGUACUGGGGCACUCCCAUCCCCGUGGUGCAUUGUGGGUCCUGUGGUCCGGUUGCAGUCCCUGUGGAUGAGUUACCAGUUACGUUACCAAAGCUGCCAUCUCUCACGGGGAAAGGUAUGUCGCCGCUGGAGGAUGUUCACGACUGGGUCAGCUGCUCAUGUCCCAGAUGUAAGGGCCCAGCAAGGAGGGAGACGGACACCAUGGACACAUUUGUGGACUCAGCCUGGUAUUACUUCAGAUACACAGACCCUCAGAACACAGUGAGGCCUUUUGAGCGCCACUUAGCUGAUCACUGGCUGCCCGUGGACCUGUACAUCGGAGGAAAGGAGCAUGCCGUCAUGCACCUGUACUAUGCUCGCUUCCUCUGUCAUUUCUGCAAGGACCAGGGUCUCGUUGCUCACAGGGAGCCAUUCCGGAAGCUGCUGGUCCAGGGUCUGAUCAAAGGCCAGACUUUCAAACUGGCAGACAGCGGCCAGUACCUAAAGAGAGAAGAUAUAGACUUCACAGAUAAGGAGCCGGUGGCGCGCGGCGGUGGUCGUGUUGAGGUGACAUUUGAAAAGAUGAGCAAGUCCAAACACAACGGCCUCGACCCCCAAGACGUGGUGCAGCAGUACGGCGUCGACACAGUUCGACUCUACAUCCUUUACGCCGCACCGCCUGAGCAGGACAUCCUCUGGAAUGUCAAGACGGACGCCCUCUCCGGGGUUCUGCGGUGGCAGUCUCGUCUCUGGCAGCUGGUGACCAAGCUGAGGGCAGCCCGGCAGUCUGGAGAUAUCCCCAACCCCUCCCUGCUGAAGAAGAAAGAGCUGGCAGAGGCCAAGAAGAUCUGGGACAACAAGAACUACGCUGUUCAAGAGGUGACAUCUCACUUCACAGAGGACUUCCUCUUCAACGCAGCCAUUUCUCGCCUGAUGGGCCUUACUAAUACGCUGAGUAGUGCAGCAGCCAGGGUGGUGCAGCACAGUGUGGAGUUUGAAGAAGCUUUGGCUGCAGUGGUAUUGAUGACAGCACCCAUGGCCCCUCACCUGGCUUCUGAACUGUGGGCAGGUCUUUGUCAGGUGAAAAACCCCCUCAGCCUCCUCCUCCAGCAGAGAGGAGAUGUUCUGCAACAGUCCUGGCCAGCUGUGGACCCCAAGUACCUGGAUGUCCCUGACUUUGUGGAGCUGUUUGUGAUGAUAAACAACAAGCCCUGUGGGAGUGUGACCGUGCCUCUGCAGGUAUCCAAAGAUUCAGAUCGGGUGCAGCAGCUCAUCCUGGAGAGCCCGCUCGGACAGAAGCUUCUCAGCGCACGCAGCAUCAAGAGAGCCAUCCUCUCCCCCAGGACCGCCCUCAUUAACUUCCUCAUCGAAGAGUGAUGUUCACACGGUGGAUGCUUGUUGAACCCCCGUCAGUCAGUGACUCAGCAGGGCAAAACUGAUGUUUUAUAUGUCAUGAACUCAGACAAAGAAAAAAAUAAUGGUUUGUAUUAACUGUCUAAACUUGAAUGUUAAUAUGUCUAAAGAUUUUUUUAUUAAUAUUAUCCUGUUUUUAAUAAAAGCUUCAAUAAGCAA